AGAGAGAGAGAGAGAGAGGAGGGAGUGUUUUCUGGAGCUGCAGUGAGAAAGACAGGGGGAGUGUGUGUGUGUAUGCUCACAGGACAUCUUUUGGGAACAGACGCUGUAUUUGGAUUUCAUAGCCGCUACCUCUCUUGCCUCUCGCCUGCUCUUGCCUGUCCCUGCUACGUGGAUGAGGACUGCUAGGAGCGUGUAUGUGGGUUUGAGAGCGUGUGAGUGAAUGAGUGGGUGUGUGUAUGCCAGAGAACGACAGACUGUGUGUGUGUGUUUUCUCAUAUUGUAAAGCUGCUCUGUCAGAGGGAACAGACAGAACCGGCCUUGUGUGAGUGAGUGUGUGUGUGUGAGCGCGCGUGUGUGUGUGUGUGUGUGUGUGUGUGCGUGUGCGUGUGCGCGCGUGUGUAGGAUUGAGUGUGUGUGUGUGUGCGUAUGCGCACCCGUGGCUCCUGACCGUGUGUCUGCGUGUGUGUGUCUGCGUGUGUGUGUGUGUAUGUGUACAUUUGAAUGUGUGAAUGCCCUUCUCCUCGCGUCGGCCUCCUGAACCCCGGGCGGGUAUAUGGAUAGGAGCUCCCUGUUUCAGCUCAUUCAAGAGCAGCUGGACCCCGAUCAGACUGGUUUUGUGGCGGUAGAGAACUUUACCAGUCUGGUGCAGCAUCAUGAGCUGCAACUAGACCCCAACAAGCUGGACAUGCUGUUUGCUCUGGUGCACGCCAACGAGCGAGGACAGAUCUGCUACCAGGAGCUCAUCGAGCUGUUGAGCAACAAGCGCAGCAGCAGUUUCCGUAAGGCCAUCGCAAAUGGGCGACGUACUCUGCAGCGCGAGAUCCUAUUGGACGAGACGGGGCUGGGUGUGUACAAGCGCUUUGUGCGCUACGUGGCGUACGAGAUCCUGCCCUGCGAGACGGACCGCCGCUGGUACUUCCACCAGAACCGCUUGUGCCCACCGCCAGUGUUCAUGGCCAUCAUCACCAUCAUACAGAUUGUGGUGUUCCUCUGCUAUGGCGUGAUGCUGAAUAAGUGGGUCCUGCAGACGUACCAGCCGGACUUCAUGAAGAGUCCACUGGUCUACCACCCAGGACACAGGGCCCAGGUGUGGAGGUUCUUCAGCUACAUGUUCAUGCAUGUGGGGCUGGAGCAGCUGGGCUUCAACGCUUUGCUGCAGCUGAUGAUCGGGGUACCGCUGGAGAUGGUGCACGGCAUCCUACGCAUCAGUCUGCUUUACAUGGCCGGAGUAGUGGCAGGUUCGCUGACAGUCUCCAUCACUGACAUGCGUGCCCCUGUGGUGGGGGGCUCCGGGGGUGUCUACGCUCUCUGCUCUGCCCAUCUCGCCAACGUUGUCAUGAACUGGGCAGGCAUGAAGUGUCCGUACAAACUGCUGCGAAUGAUCCUGGCCCUGGUCUGCAUGAGUUCCGAGGUGGGCCGCGCGGUGUGGCUGCGCUUCUCGCCUCCGCUGCCGUCGUCGGGGCCGCAGCCGAGCUUCAUGGCGCACCUGUCGGGCGCGGUGGUGGGCAUCAGCAUGGGCCUGCUGAUCCUGCGCAGCUACGAGGAGAGCCUGCAGACGCAGUGCUCCUGGUGGGUGCUCGUUUUCUCCUUCAUUACCUUCCUCCUCUUCGCCAUCUUCUGGAACAUCUUCGCCUACGAGUUGCUCGGCGUCCAGAUUCCGCCGCCGCCAUGACGCACGGUUGUGAGGGGGUUACCAAUCGUGCUGCUCCAUCCAAGCCCCCAGUGCACCUCCUCCACCUUGGUUUCAGCCAUCACGGAUAAACGUCCAGCCAAAAACCCUUCUACCACCCCCCUCCCCCUAAAACAAAACAAGUGAAUAACCCCACCAGAGAGAAAGAGAAAGAGAGAGAGAGAGAGAGCGAGAGAGAGGUGGUGUGGUUUAAAGAUGAGACUUUGCUGUUAUUGGUUGGUUUGUAGUUGCUGUCAUUAACACUGGGCAGCUAUAUGCAUACAUGUACACACAAACAAUAGACUUCAGUAUCGAUAACACACAUCCACAACAAUUAGAGUUGUAUAAAGACACAAAACUCCUUGGUUCAGUAAUGCAUUGAAAAAAUGCACAUACACACACACACAGAGACACAAACAAACACAAUAAACAGGAGGACAAGCGUACCUCAGCAUACACUUCAACAGAAAGUUCAACUCCGACAAACAACAGACAAUAAAGUAAACACAAUACACAACCAGCUAUGUAUUCCCAUCAAGGAUCCUGCCAUAAUCCCAUGGACACACACACACAGACACACACACACACACACAGUGUCUAGUUCUAUUUGAGCGAAAUGCUAAAACUGACCUAGUUUAGAGGUUGUGAAGCUACUUUUUGAGCGGGCCAAGAUGUGAUGUGUGAAGGAACACCAGUUUUUAAACUGGAUCUGUUUUGUCUCUUUCUCUGCAGUUGGUUAUACUGUACUGUGUGUGUGUAUUCUCUUUACUGGUCCCAUAAUUCACAUGUUCUGUUAAUGUGUGUGUGUAUGUGUGUGUUUGUUUGUGUGUACACACAUGUACACCACAAGUCAAGUGAGUCAAGAGAUUACAUAAAAUGAACAAACCUACACCUCUACAGUCCAGCCACUGAAGAACUGCAUCACCAGAACAACACCAAAGCCAGGAGGGACAAACCCUAACUGACCUAACCUCUGACAGCUUGAACUUUGACCCCUUACAUGAGGUGUCAGUGACAUCAUCAUUCAUGUAACAGCCUGCCUUGGCAACCAUUACCUAGGGGAGCACUGCCAAGGUGACCACAGGUAAUCCUUACUUCUGUUUUUCUGUAUAUUCAGGAAUUCACUUCAGUAUUGCGAGGGUUGCCAGAUAUUGUCAAAGUUGCCAAAGUGAGAGGAAAGAAAAAAAAAUCCCCUACUUUGUGUUACUUGUGUUAAAAAUAUAUAUGUUAUUGUGUGAACAUUCUCUAUAAUGCUGAAACUCUUAUGAACUUGAAAUCUGACACAGAAUCUACUGAGCAUUUAUAACAUUUCCUGCAAUGUGUAUUUUUGCGUGACAGAUUUAUGAGGACAUUUUUGGGUCGUGUCUUCUGACGCUCUUGUGAGGACAUUUUAUGUUGUCCAUCUCAGACUGACCUAUGGGGAUGUGUUAGGUGAGGGGUUUGAGGGGUCAGGUUGCUAUGACGAGCCCUCUGCUGCUUUGUGAUGUCAUGUGCUGAUGCUGUUGAAUCUUGUGCCAAAAUUGUUUAUUUAUUUAUCACACAUCAUGGUGUGAGUGAGUGUGUUUGUGUGUGUUUAUGUGUGUUUAUGUUUGUGUGUGUGUGUGUGUGUGUGCGUACCUUUGCGUGAGACAGAGAGGGUCUGAGGAAAAGGUCAUUGCUUGCUUCAGAGCAGAAGCAACUCCAGUUUCUAGUGUGUGUGCUUAGCGGCUCAGAUAAUACAAUUUCUGUGUGGUGCCACUGAACAGAUCAAAGUUGCAACUUUUCGGAAAAGAGGAUGCGUAGAAUGUGGCAUUUAAAGGAAAAAUGAUACACUUAGAGUUAUCUGGGGAGUGUGUGUGUGUGUGUGUGUGUGUGUGUGUGUGAGAUACUCAGUGUUACUUGAGCAUGUUCUCUAUGUGCUGUAUGACAGCAGGCUAGUGUAGCUCAUUAGACUUGUACUGUUACAAUGACAGCACUACUAAGAAAACAGUCCCCCCGGUGUGUUAGCUUCAUGCUAACUCCUGUUUUACAGUAUCAUUGCAUUAGCAUUAUGCUAAAUUCCCAACUAGGCAUGUAGCUAGCUCAGUGUGUUAGCUCUACACUGAUCUGUAUUGAGCAAGUAGCUCGAUAUUUUAGCUUCAUGCUAACCUCUACCAGAAUAGAGCUCUGCCCCAGUAACCCUUAUCAGGCUUGUAGCUUCACUCAGUGCCUGGCUGUGUUUCAAUCUCAAUAAACUUAAAUUGGAACCUCUCCUGUAGUCCUUCACAGCUAUUUUUUUUCAUAAAUGACAGGUAUAGGCGAACAUAAAUCACAAUGCCAUUUAAUCUGACAUGCUUAUAUUUGCUAUCUGGUUUGUCACAUAGGCCUAAGGAAAAACAAAGGAGAGGCCAUUUUAAGAGUAUUCAGAUUGAAGGUGGUGGUGAUUUUGACAUAGUCAGCUAAUCCAUUGAAGGGCUGAAGGAGUUUGUGGGCCUGAUACCAGUGCUCUUAAGCCACAAAGAAGGUUGUAAAGGUUGUAGAGUUGUCAAUAAAGUAGCCAUAUUGCUCGCUCCCAUUCCAUACAGUUCCUGUGAGAUUUGUGCAGACCCUGAGAGUCAGAGGAAAGCCAUCCCACUGUGGGAUGCAGUGUACUCCUGCCUACAUGAGGUGGUCUUUGAAUGCAGUAUCCUCUGCUAUUGUUAGUAACAUUCUAGAACUUUCCUGUCGGUUCCUUCCUUGUAACAUGACAUUCAUUUUCAUGUGGCUUAAUCUGUGUGUCUUGAAAAGCAAAAAGAAACUGUGGCAUCUUUAAUUUGUAACUCCAGUGAAAUUAAAAUUAAAUUAUUUUACAUUUACACCAAGAAUGAUUGAAUGUUUUGAUUUGCUCUGACAUCAGUGUUUCAGAAACGGAAGAAACUACUGCCGAGCAUUUUCAGAUUGUAGACACAUACAUAAUCCAAUUCCAGAGUUUAGAAAAAACUCAUGUUUUGAGUCCAUGAACCUACAUAACCUUGCCGUUCUAACUGCUUUAGUUUGUUUUUAGCAUUGAGGUAAAGUAGUUGAAUGUCAUGAUUUUGGUAAUACCUGUUUGGCAGUUAAAUUCAGCUCUUCUUUUGCUUUGUUGAUUAAAAGAUUGUGGGGUUUAACAAAGUAAACAACCCUAAUACCUUUCUCAGAAACUCUGACCUUGAAGAGCUAAAACAGUGAACAUAAAUCGUAGAUUAAAAAAAACAACUGUUCUGGCCAAAUUUGUGAGCCUGGAAGAUAUGCAAUAUACAUCACACACUGAAUAUUGACUCUAAAGUUUUCGGCAGAAAACAGAAUCUUCCCAUUUUCCCUGGAGUGUAUAUCCUUAUGAACUCUCAAUGUGACAGACGGAGUAGCAUUUUGAUCUAACUGGCCUCAGCCAAUCCAUCAUUUCUUAGAUCAGCUUCAGUGAACUUAACCCGAAGGGUACAAGAGGCUCCAUUCAACCCUGCUGACUCAAAUAUGGUGCCAAAAACAAACACACAGAAAUCUCCUGUCUAGACAGCAGGCUCUGAUUCACAUUUUGUAAACUUUUUUUUUUUUUUACUCAGAUUUUAUGAAUCUCAAAUUGUUUUUCCCCUCUUUCUGUUUAAGUAACAACAAUAGUACACACAUAUGUAAAUAUGGAUUGUUUCUAUAACAGUCCACAGUUUCUUCAUGAUGUAAUGUAAAUGUUGAGAUGUUCUCAGCCAUUUUCUAUGGAUUUCAAUUCCCUGUUCUUUUCCCUUUUCUACUGGUCAUUCUACCUGCUUUCAUAUAGACAACAUGAGAAUAAAGAGCGAUACUGUG